AUGUCUCCAUCCCAUCUACUGGCACAUUUGGCCAAGAAACAUGGCCAUGAUUAUCGGAUAAAAACCCAGAUUCAGCGACAGCAAAUCUUGGAAGAAAUGCUUAAAAAGCCCUGGAUUGAUCCCCAGAAGCAAAGUCUACAAUUCCCAUUAUCUACCAGUGCUCCUAUUCCCUAUCUCCCAAUCUUUCAAGGAUAUCAAUGUCCAAGCACGACAUGUCCCUAUGUGGCAGUAGCUAAAGAAACCAUGCGAAUCCAUAUCCUCAAGCAUCCAGAGAUCCCAAAAAAUCCACGAGGUCCUCCACGUGCCUUCACCCACCAUAUCCAUAUUUAUCCUCGAGUGCAUUGUCAGCGGUUCUUCUUGUCCAGGGUGGGAAGUCAAUACUUUGCUGUGACUCCUUCUUUAUCAUUGAUUAAUCAGGAGUUACAAACUACACCAUUAUCUAGAGCAAACCGGAUUGAAGCCGAGGUCAAUACCGCAUUAGCCCAAAGUGAGGCGAUCAUCGAUACUGCAAGUAAUAUGAUCCAGAGUCAUAGGGCACCAACAGAGGCCUCUCCCUGGCUUGAGAUGACCCGCUGGGGGGACUAUCUCUGUGGAUACUCCUUUCAGCAGGUGGCACUGCUAGGAGCACGGCCUGAUCCCUUGCAGGAACCACUCCUGGCAGAAUUUGCUAGUAGUGUUAGCAGGAUUAUUCAACAAGCACAUCAAUCAAUUCAAGAAGAUAAGAUCAAUGUUUUUGAUCAAGUCCAGAUUAAUAGUUUCCUACAACACCGACGGGCCUGGGAUCGACCAUUAUUCAUUCAAUUAAAGAAGGCAACCUAUCGGAGUUAUGAACAUCUCUGGCAACGGCUUCUCUCCUUCGUCCACCGUUCCACCCAGCCCGAGCAGCCUGUCCAGCUGCGUCAUCGGCUGACCCCACGGCAACUCCAGCAUCUUGAUGAGAUGGUGGAGUAUGGGAUUGAGGUAUUAGCCUAUCAAGGCCAAAUCACACGGCCGCUUCCCACCGUGAUCCGAGGGUCGACCCUGGCUGAAGCCCAAGCGCUGCUGGACCAGGCCUGUCUCCGAGAUCUCUAUGAAAGCGCAGUAGUUGGCUUUCUUGCUGUGCUAGGCGUCGAUGCAGAGAAACGGACCUUUCGGGAUGCAUAUUCAUAUACCCCAUCACUAUCUGGUCUGGUUAAGAUGGCCCAGAUGCUUGUGGUUCAGGAGGCUAUUAUCCAGGCUGACGAAGACCAGGUGGAGCAUCCUGCAGAUGCUCUUGAUGAAAUGCGAGAGCGAUUCUUAAUCCAUGGAACGCGAAGCCCCUUUGCCUGGAUCACACGACUCCGCACGUAUGGGAAAAAGAUCCAGAAUACCACCACCAGUCUUGGUUAUAUCUAUUGGUCUGAGGAUUAA